AUGUCAUCUACUUCCAACACAUGGUUUAAUUUUUGGAAUAAUAAUAACAACAAUAUUGAAGCUGAUGGUAAUAUUAAGGAUAAUGCAGUUAAUGAUAAUGCUACGACAAAACAACCAGAGCAAGUAGUAACGAAACCACCAUCCAUAAAAACACCUCCAAUGCAGGCAAAAGAAUUUUUGAACGCCUCUCCAACUAAAAGAAGAAAUUCAAAUAAUACAGCUAAUCCAAAACUGUCAAGACUAGGACAUAGAACUUCAACAACAUCAUUAGCAUCAAUGACUUCAGGUAAUUGGCUUAAUUGGAAGAAAGAUACUGUUAAUUCAAGUUUGAAAGAUCAACAAGAACAUAUAGAUGAAGAUGAUGAAAGAAGAGAUGAAAAUGAUGAAGAUAUAGAAACAAAUGAAGAUGAUAUAGUACCCGAUGAUAAUGGGGAUGAAGUUGAUGAUCAUGUAAGAGGAGAUGGAGAUACAAGUGCAAAGAAGGGAAUAAGUUGGCUUUGGAAUGGAAAUACUAGUACUAAAGCAAACUCAAAUUCUGGAAAUGAGAGUAAUGAUGAGUCAAGUCAAAGUCAAAAUCAAAAUAAAAAUGGUGGCAAAGAGAAUAAAAUUGUUAAUGCACCAAAUACUAUAUUAAAUUCCACUCCAUCAAUACCGACAAAAGAAGAGUUGGGUAACUUUUCUAAAAAAGUUCCUGAUGAAGUACAACACGAUGAUGCAGUUUUAUAUAAACCUCAUGAUAAAGCUGCUCAAUUUAAUCAAAUAAAUACUCAUAAAAAUGAAAAUUUAAGAGAAAAUGUAAUUGUACCUGAUUGGAAGACUUGUUUACCAUUGGCUAAUGAAGGUCAUAACCUUUUCCAUUCUUCUUCAACAUCAAAUCUGAAUAACUCAAACCAAACUAUAAGGACAGAUUUGAAAAACUGGAAGCAAUUUUUGAAUCAGAUUUCCAGUAAAUUUGGAUUCUCAGCAGGUCCAAUUUCAGAUUCAGAGACUUCCGGUCAAAGUGAUAACGAUAAAGCUGAACAAGAUUUUGGGUUACUUUAUGAAAGAUCAUAUAAAUUAUAUGGAAAAUCAUUAGCAUUGUUACCAGAAGAUAAAAGAGCAUGUUUACCAAAUUACAAUAAAUACUAUCGUGACAUAGAUUCACCAAUAAGAACUGAUUUACCGUCACAAUAUGAAGAAGAUCAAAAUGAUCCAAAUUCUAUUUCAAUUACAAAUGAUGCAAUGGGCAAUUUGUUAAUAAACAGUUCAAAUCAAAGACGAAAACCUUUACAUGAAUCAAUCAACACCGAAAUUGUCAAUUAUAAAUCAGGUCCAUUAAAAAGAAUCAAAAAUGUUUUAAUUAUCGGAGUUCAUGGAUUUUUCCCAACAAGAAUGAUACGUCCAAUUAUUGGAGCACCAAAAGGUACAUCUUUAAAAUUUGCGAAUGAAGCAGAAAAAGCAGUUAUACGAUAUUGUGUUGAGAACAAUUUAAUAAAUGAAGAUCAAUCAGAUGUUAGUAUACAGAAAAUUGCAUUGGAAAAAGAAGGUAAAAUUUUUGAUAGAGUACAUUUUUUCACUGAAAUACUACAAAAAUGGGAAUCUGAAUUAAAUAAUGCAGAUUUUAUUUUCAUUGCUUCUCAUUCUCAAGGUUGUGUUGUAUCAAUAAUUUUAUUAGCAAGAUUAAUUAGAAUAGGGAUAUUAAAAGAUCCGAUACAUAAAAGGAUAGGUUUGUUGGGAAUGGCUGGUAUCAAUAAUGGACCAUUCUAUGGUGUUGAUAAAUCAUUUUUCAUGAAGGCUUAUUCUGCUAUUGAACAUGAUUCUUUGAAUGAGUUGUUUGAAUUAACCAAAUUUGAUUCACCUCAAUCAGUAGUUUAUAAGGAAUCUAUAAGGACAAUAAUAAAUGUCAAUGUCAAAAUUUGUUUCAUUGGGUCUAUUAAUGAUCAAUUGGUACCAUUAUAUUCAGCAUUAGCAUCACAUAUUUUCCAUCCAAAUAUUUAUAGAGCAUGUUAUAUAGAUUAUGCAUCAGCAACCCCAACAUUUAUCGAGAAGCUAGUUUCAUUAUGUUCACAAAUUUUGAAUUUGGGAUUUUUUGAUAAUAAUGUUAUAAAAGAAUUAAGUACAUCAUUAGCAGGUCCAUUAACUGGUGGUGGACAUUCCAAAAUUUAUAAUGAUGGUAAAGUUUAUGAUUUAGGUAUUAAAUUUGUAUUGGAUACUGAUGAUUUAGUUAUCCCACAUGAUGGUAAAAUUGACUAUGAUGAUUUUGAUAAUAGUGAAUUACCAGUUUCAAAUCAAGUAUAUAUUAAAGAAUAUAAUGUUGGUAAAAUCGGUACAAAUCCAUUUAUAUUACCUUGGUGUUUGAGGGGGUUAUUAUUCAAUAUUGAAAAAAAUUGGCCAAAUAGAAAUUAUAAUGAAAAGAAAAAUGAAAGAGGUAUUAAUAAUGGCUUUACUGAAAUUCAUGAAUUGUAUGAAAUUUUUGAAAACUGGAAACCAGAUACAAAAAUUUAUAAAGACUUAAAAUUUAGAUUAAAUGGGUUUAGGGCGAGUAAGUUAUGA